AAAUUCUUUCCAUGGUCUCAAUGAGUUUCCCAGAUCUGGGCACUACUUUGCAUUCUUCUUAUUUCCACCGUUGCCCCCUCAAAAUUCCUCGUUUCAGCUUUCGAGUCCUAAAAUCUGCAGCCCCUGAAGUCUCCACCUUUUUUCUGCGUGGUUCUAAUUCAUUGCUAAUUGUUAUAUGAAAUUUUGUUGAUGAGCAGCUUUGGUGUGUAAAAUCAUGGAUGGAGAGGCUCAGCGGUCAGUAUCCUUUCGGUUAAUCCGCAAAGGAGAUCGGGCUCCUCAAAACCUGCGUCCCAAAGGGAGGUCGCCCCAAGAGUACCCCCUGAUGAUUGUGUGGAAGAAGGGGUUUAUUCGAUUGGUUCUCGUAGGAGGCAUCUUGUGGAUGCUGCUAAUUCUUACUGUGUUGUUGUUUCAUGUAUGGUCUUGCCAUUCUUCAGUUUCUUUCUUUUCAGCUAUAUGUAACAAAGAUAGCAAAGUGUUCAUGGUGUUAAACAGCAUGGGCAUUAAUGUGCCAGAACCGCUACAGCCCCAACAUCGCUGUCCAAUUCCGCUUUCUGAGGACCCUGAUAAAAUUGUUAUUCCAAAGGGGAGAACUCCUGACAGGAUUGUCAAAGAUUUGUCGUAUGUCAUGGAGGACGAGCUUUUGAAAAACAGAUCGCAGACAUCUCCACUAUUUGGAGGACAUCAGAGCUGGUCACAGAGAGAGGAGAGCUUCAAGCUAAAUCCAGCCAUGAAGGUGCACUGUGGAUUUAUCCGUGAAAGUGGUGCUGAAAUGGCUCCUUCAGACAUCAAAUAUGUUGAGAAGUGUAGGUUUGUGGUUGCAUCUGGCAUUUUUGAUGGAUAUGAUAUACCUCAACAGCCUUCAAAUAUAAGCCUACGUUCUAGGAAGCUCUUCUGUUUUCUUAUGGUUGUUGAUGAGAUUUCCCUCAAAUUCAUAAAGGAAAAUGUUACUAUCAGAGAGGAUGAUCGUGGGGGGAAAUGGGUGGGCAUCUGGCGUCUUGUAUUACUGAAGCAUUCACCUUAUGAUGAGCCCAGAAGGAACGGGAAAAUCCCAAAAAUCUUACUCCACAGAUUGUUCCCUCAAGCUCAGUACAGCAUUUGGAUUGAUGGCAAAAUGGAACUGAUUGUUGAUCCAUUGCUAAUACUGGAAAGAUACUUAUGGCGGGGGAAAUAUUCAUUUGCUAUUGCUCAGCACAAGCAUCACCAUAGUAUAUACGAGGAAGCUGAUGCAAACAAGCGGAGAAAGCGAUAUGCCCGACCUCUUAUUGAUCUUCACAUGAAAAUCUACCGCUAUGAAGGAAUGAGUUCAUGGAGUCCGGGAGGAAAAACCAUUAGUGAUGUGCCGGAGGGAGCCAUCAUCAUACGGGAGCACACUGCAAUGAGUAACUUGUUUAGCUGCUUGUGGUUCAAUGAGGUCGACCUCUUCACACCAAGAGACCAACUGAGCUUUGGCUAUGUUGUAUAUAGGUUAGGGGGUUUGUUCAAGUUCUUUAUGUUUCCGAAUUGCGAGUACAACUCGCUGUUUGCGCUGCACCCACACACAAGGGAGCAUUCUUCAGCUAUUGAAUGGGUGAAGAAUAUCACUGAGCUUGAUGGGAAAGGUAGCAGAAUGAAAGAAAGUAGGGGAGGUUUAGGAUUGUGGACUCCUUAUCCUGGUAACCUCGACUCGGUUGUCCUGCCACCUGUAGCAAGAACAUCAAAAGCGGGCUAAGGUUCAAUUUUAUUAUAUGAUUAGCCAUUUCUCUUGGCUUCUUCGUAGACUUCUCCAUAAAUUAAUAUACAUUCUGAUCAUUAUCUCAGCCCUGAUUCGUUAGAAAGCAAGCAUGUUGAGGCCCUAGAUAAAGUUUGUAUUGUAUUUUAGGAGUGCAGGGGAAAAAAGGGAUAAAUUCUUUGUGUUGAUUAAUUUUGUAGGUUGUUAUUAGGAAGUUAACUAAAUCGGAAACCUCUUGAGUACAUUAACAAAGUUUGAAAACAA